GAGUAGGCGGGGACGUCACGUGCCCAGGUCCUAUCGCAGAAGCUGACGACUACAUGUAGAGUACAUCCGUUCGGCUUGGGGAAAAACACUGACAGGGUCAUGUCAGACUUUUUAAAGUCUGCCUUGGGUUAUCUGAGUCCCUCCGGAAGCGGGAAUGACAAUGAAUUUGUAGGACAACUCGUGGAAUUGGGAGAUAUAAAAUUACGUGUGAAAAGGGUCAUCGCCGAAGGAGGAUUUGCUGUGGUGUAUGUUGCUGAGGAUCUUGCAAAGAAAAAAGAAUAUGCUUUGAAGAGACUUCUAGCAUCUGAUGAAGAUGCCAGCAAGAACAUCAUACAAGAAAUAUGCUUCAUUAAAAAGCUGUCUGGCCAUCCCAACAUCAUCCAGUUCCUGUCUGCAGCCAGCAUCAGUAAGGAGGAGUCGGACCAUGGACAGGCAGAAUUCCUCUUGUUGACAGAACUCUGCACAGGAGGCCCGCUGGUAGAUGUGCUGAACAGUCAUCAGUCCUUACCAUGUGACCUGGUGCUGCAGGUGUUCUAUCAAACCUGCCGUGCUGUACAACACAUGCACCGCCAGAAACCUCCCAUCAUACACCGGGAUCUCAAGGUGGAGAACUUGUUGAUCAGUAGUCGUGGUUUGAUUAAGCUGUGUGACUUUGGAAGUGCCACCACCACCAGCUACUCACCUGAUCACACCUGGAGUGCACAUCAGCGAGCCAUGGCAGAGGAAGAGCUUACAAGAAACACUACACCCAUGUACCGUACUCCAGAGAUGUUGGACCUGUAUCAAAACUACCCCAUCAAUGACAGAGUAGACAUCUGGGCACUGGGCUGUGUCCUAUAUUUACUGUGCUAUGGUCAACACCCGUUUGAAGACUCUGCUAAAUUGCGCAUUCUAAAUGCCAAAUAUUCCAUUCCUGAGACGGAUGUCAAAUACACUGUCUUCCAUGGAUUGAUAGACAUGAUGUUAAAGACCAGUCCUAUGGAAAGACCAGACAUCAGUACAUUAGUGGAAAGGCUGCAGGAGAUUGCUAUUGCUCGCAACGUCAACCCCAAGUCUCCCCUGCAGCUCGCUGAGACAAGACCACCCCAAGACUUAGACAGAAAGCCUGAAGAGGGUCAAGCAAAAAGUUUGGACUCUCCAACUCACAGCAGCCAUGGGGAUUUGGAAGGUGCAUCAGGAAAUGCUCUAUUGGACAAGAUGAAGGGUGGGGCAGGGAGUUUCCUGAAGAACCUGAAGGACACAUCAAGCAAGGUCAUGCAGUCCAUGGCUAGCUACACAAGGACUGACAUGGAUUUGACCUAUGUCACAUCUAGACUUAUAGUUAUGUCUUUCCCAGCAGAGGGCAUUGAAGCUACUAUCAAAAACAACCUGGAGGAGGUGAGGUUGUACCUGGACUCCCGACACACAGGGCAUUAUGCUGUUUAUAACCUGGCACAGCGUACCUACAGACACCACAAGUUCCACAACAGGGUGUCGGAGUGUGGCUGGCCACCCAAACGUGCCCCGUCCUUGUCUAACUUAUUUGCAAUCUGCAAGAAUAUGCUGCAGUGGCUGAGACAGGAUCCCAGGAACAUCUGUGUGCUGCAUUGUUUGGAUGGAAAAGUCUCUUCAGCUACUGUUGUGUGUGCUUUUCUGGUGUUCUGUAAGCUGUUCACCUCCCCUGAGCCAGCUCUCUACAUGUUCAGUAUGAGGAGGGCUCCUCCUGGCAUUGGCCCUUGCCAUAAGAGGUACAUUGAGUAUGUUUGUGAUAUGCUGGGGGACAGCGCAGUCCUUCCCCACAGCAGGCCGCUCAUGCUGAAGGCUGUGGUGAUGAAACCUGUUCCACUCUUCAACAAGCAGAGAACCGGCUGUAGGCCAUUCUGCGAGGUGUACAUUGGGGAUGACAGGAUUCUCACCACCUCAGAGGAGUAUGAAAAAAUGAGUGGUUUCUCAGUUGAAGAUGGCCGUGUUGUUAUCCCCGUGAACCUGCUGGUAACAGGAGAUGUGGUGGUCCAGCUGUACCAUGCUCGAUCAACAUUCGGCGGCAAGAUGCAAGGCAAGGUGACGUCCAUCAAGAUGUUCCAGGUUCAGUUUCACACAGGCUUUGUUGAUCCUAAAGCCUCUUCCAUAACAUUUUCCAAGUAUGACCUGGAUGCCUGUGACCUGGCUGACAAGUACCCAGACCUCUUCAGUGUAACCUUUGAGCUGUCUGUAGGACAGGAGCCACAGAAGAGGUCACCUGUCCCUUGGGAAAACUUUUCCCCAAAAGGCAUCAAUCCUAAGAUUCUGUUCACUGCAUCAGAAGAAUACUCACAGGCUAUUGCUGACUUUGGUAAAUUGCAAGCCACAAGUCAACCAUCAGGGCUCCCAGCAGGUCGGACUGAGAGAGCAAUGAUCACCCCCUACCAGGACCACUCUGGCCAGGACAGUGAUGCCUCGGAUGCUUCACCUUCACACUUUGACCAAUCAGGAGAGCCUCCAUCCCCCACAGAGGAACCAGAAGGACAGGUGGCGCAGUCUGCUGAAGAACACCUGGAACUGAUGGAGGAAGAAGAGUCUGAUGAUGAGUGGGCAGUCUGGUCCAGACAGAGGAGUGGGCAGGCAGAUGGUGCUGAUGCUGAUGAUACUGUCAGCCUCCAGCAGCUUGCUGAGGAGGAAGAGGGCACCAGCAAAUCUGCAUUUAACCUGUAUAGCACCGACCUCCAAAGUACUGACACCUCUGCAGAGGGUGUUGCCAUAGAUCUGCUGAAUCUUGGAAGCGAGAACCCUGCUCCAGACAUAUUGGAGGGUAGUCGUGAGCAUGGCCCUGACUUGUUGGGUGGUGGAUUGAAGCCAUCGCAAUCCAAUGCAAGUAGUGUCAAGUCAAGUUUGGAGAACUUGAGCAACCUAAACCUCCUUUCAGGACCAGAUCAGAUUGACCCCAGAGCAAAGCAGAAUGGAUCACAGAUAGAGAACUUGCUUGGUGAUACUUACGGGCCAAUUCAUCAGGACAAAGAGAUAAUACAUCCCAAGGGUCCAAAGUCUUCACAAGGAAUGUUUGACCCAUUUGCAGACUUCUCAAAUGACAAAGUAGAUGAUACCACAUUUGACCCAUUCACUUCACCCUCCAAAAGCCAGUCAGGGAGCAGUCAGAAGAGCGCUGAUGAUUUUUUCAAGGUCAUGGAGAGCACACCCUCCCAGGGACCGUCUGAGACAGAUCUGAUGGGCACCUGGGGGCACCAAGCCAGUGCCACUCUUACCCAUGUGUCCACAGACCCUAAUCUCUUAGGUACUUGGUCACCCAAUACCUUCCAUCAGAGCCACUCCCAGCCCAACCUCAUGGCGUGGGGUGGCACUAGCCCUGGUAGCAGUGGAAAAAACACUCCCAUCAGUCUGAGUGGGAGGACAAGUCCCGUCACUUCCCCCAGCCAUCAGCCAAAACCAGCAGGCAAAGUCUACGACCCAUUUGCAGACUUGGGGAACUUCAGGAGUCAUCUGACUCCAGGAAACAACAGCGAGCCAGCAGCAGCUAAACAGGCAGGUAGCAGCUUUGCCUCCCCAGGGCAGGGAACUGCCUCCCCAGGGCAGGGGUGGGGUGGAGGUCAGCAGCAGCCAUGGCAGCAGGCUGGCAGACCAAUGGGAGGGCAGAUUCCACAGUCAUCUCCACAGCAGCAACAACAAGCAUUCAAGUCCAAACCAAAUUAUAACAUCAACCUACCAAUGACAGAUAAGGACAACAGAUCCAGAUGGAAUCCCUCUGCAUAUGGUGCACGUCCAAAGGUGGAAGAAACAGCUUUUGAAGACCUACUGUCCCAGCAGGGCUUUGCCUCCUCUGCUAAGAAAAGUGAGCGUGUCUCCUUGAAGGAGUUGAGGAAAGAACUUCGAGCAGGGGAAACAGACCCGCAGAAACUGAAGAUACUGGACUGGAUAGAAGGAAAGGAGGGGAACAUUCGAGCUCUUCUCAGCUCCCUGCACACAGUUCUGUGGGAGGGGGAGCACAGAUGGAAGGAAGUGGGCAUGCACCAACUGGUGCAGCCAGACCAGGUCAAGAAAUACUACAGGAAGGCUUGUCUAUCUGUCCAUCCUGACAAGCAUGUUGAUAAACCAACAGAAGAAAUGGCCAAACUCAUCUUCUUUGAGCUGAAUGCUGCUUGGGCAGAAUUUGAGGAGCAAGGUAGCAAGCCACUGUACUAGGAGUAGUCCUGACAGACCAGGCCAGUAGAGUGGGCAGAGGUGGCAGCAGGGCUGCUGAGAGUACUCCAACAACACACACUUCCCUUCUACGUUACAAGUGGUGUCCAGCAUUGUGUUUGAGCUGAAGAAAUAAUGCUGCUGGUAAUGUACAUGUGGGCCCACAUUGCCUUAGACCUUAGACCCUCUCAGAAAUGUACUGUACAUGUAGCAUUGUUGAUGAACAUGUACGUGUACAUAGCAAAAGAUUAAAUGCACAACAUUGCACCAUUGUAAUAACAGCCACAUUCCUUUCUAGUAUGUAAUGUUAGGCCACAGCAAGUAAAUUUUAUGGAUGACAUCUACUGCGGGCAAAAAAAAAGAAAAAUAAGGCAGGUAAAAAAAACUAGAUGGCUAUAUUUUCAAAUUGAGAGACCAGAAACAAGAAUUGUAGCAAUAAAACAUGGUUUUAUAACCAGCGAGAAUUUUGUUCCUGUAUUCAAUAAUACACUGAUGAUAAUGAUGCUCAUGUUAACAUUCAAAUCAUUUUACAGAAUAAUACUUGCAAGCAUUUUUAUGACAAAGAAAACUCAUUAUACCAAGGCUGACUUCCUUGUCUCUAUAUGCAAAUUGUUAGCUUUGUAAAAGUUUGUUAAGUAAAUUCCCUGACUGCCAAAAAAAGUGGCUUUAAAACUUUUCUGGAUGAUACACAUGUAUGUAACCCAUACACACAUGUAAAAGGAAUAAAAGUGUAUAAAAGUGAAAAAUAUGCCUUGCGCCUCUCUGUUCAUAUUCUUCUGUCAUCUAACAGAGUUUUAAUGCCUGUAGAAAGUAGAAAUUUAGACAUUGCUGACUUUCAAUGCAGUUGAAAUGGUCAAGGCUAUAAAGACUUUUACAAAUUUUGACCCAUGCCAUCUGCCCAAAACUCCACACUGCCUGAUUGCUUGGCCAACUUGCAAAAUGUCAUAUUCUUUGAUGCCCUACUACUCUUUGUUUACUCAAAGGGGGUGGUCAUUGAACAAAUGUCAAACAUUUUGUGGCCUAAAUUCUUCAGCAAUGACUAUAAGGACUGAUAUAGUACAACAAGUUGUACCAGUGCCACCCUGCCUUACUACCUUUGUACUACCCCGGGUAACAGACGUGUAGUUGAUCAAGGCAGAAUCUGUAGACGUCAUCUUGCCAUUAGCAAAUAAAAAAAUGUGCAUCUGCCCGUGUGUAGGAUGUUUUGCGAAGGAACAUUCAAAUCAAUGUGCGUGCUGAUUUUAUCCAUAGUAUUUUCUUGCUGUGGUCUUAUUGAACAUUCCAGUAAUUAAGUGUGAUAAUUUGAUGCUAUGUUAUACCGGUAAAUGCAAUGAUUCUUCCUGAAUAUAUAUGUGUACGUGUAUGUCUAAAUGAGUUUCUUGUUAAAGAAAAUGUGUGGGUCAUCAUAUUGUCUAUCCUUAAUGAAACAAGGUUGAAUGCAGAGAAUACAGCAUUAAGAAAGUGCCCUGGCACAGAAUAUUAUGGUAUGACAGGUUUACAACCAAAAUUUGUAGGUCUAAAUCUUUUCAGUAUUGUACAAAGUUGUAGGACCUACAAUUAUCAAACAAUUGUCUUCUGUAAAGCCCACAACCUAUCAAUUGUUCACCAUCCCACGCACAUAUACACGUACACUCUUUCUAUGACAGCUGUUGGUUAAUCCUAUGAGUACACAAUGUUAUACUACAGUUUUUGUAAAAUUUCUCAAAACUCAGAAUGUUCUUGUCACAGUAGCAAAAUAAGAAUCUGUUUUGUGUUAGUCCAGGGAAACUUAAAAAUUGCUUCACAGCGAUCUUAUCCUCAUCCUGGAGAUUGAGCAUGCCACAUUUUACAGCAGCUAUGCAACUGUCGUGCCGUAUAGUUCUAGUUGUAGGUGUGUUUGUGUGUGUGCGUGUAUUGGAAGCUAAUGGUCAUGUACAUGUAGAUACUCUAUUGGCAAGAUGCCAUCAAUCAGUGACUGUUUGACUCUCAGUACAGGGCAGGAUGUGUGAAACCUUCAUGCUUUUAUCAAUUCCUUAUAGGGCAUAGAUGUGUUCAAAUUAUAUAAUAUGUGUAUUAGAAUGUCUGCAAGCUUCAUGUAGUAGGGUCACUAUUAUGUUCAUGACAUUAUAGUCAACUUGUUUAGCAUGAAAAGGAAAAUGCUUGUAAAGAUAAACUUGUUUGCAGCUGUAUUGGAGUAAAUGUUCUCUCAAAUAAACUUGUAGAAGUUUUACUGCAACACAAUCAACGACCAAUAUGUACACCAACAUGAAAAAUUUGUCUAGAUUGCGUAUUUUCAAUGGUACGUUUAGUGUGGCUUUCGGCUGUCACAUUUUGCAGUUUCCAUUGCACAAUGCAUGACCAGGCUCUUCUGUGUUUCCUCCUUUUUUGACAUGUCAGGUAUCUGCAAUGUGUCUGACCAGUGGUUUAAGUUAGGUGCAUUAUUUUGCACAGACUGAGUCUUGAUAAGUCUUCAAGAAAUGAGAAGUUUUUAUUGAUUCUUGUGAUAUAAUUAUAUCCCAUCUUGAUCUUUGUGUUUGCACAACAGAGGGCUUAAGAUUAUGUAAAAAUGGUUUUCCAAGAAGAAUUCUAUGAGAGGUAGAGAAAGCGUGCUCAAUAUUAUGGCAGUUUGAAUGUGUGUAGAUGUAUGAUUUCAUGUAGAUAGCUGCUGCCAAGAAAUGGGAAAUGAGGUCAUUACUCUCUCAUGGAAGUGUGGUUGCUUGAUAAUAUGAUAAACAUGAUAUCUUGUAGAUACAAUGUAUUUCUAUAGUGUUAUGUUACAUGUAACCUAUAAGAGCAAUGUCCUGAUGAACCCCAAGCUCCAAAUUUGUUGAACACGUGGAUGUAUAUCUAUUAAAUAAAAACAAGCAUUCAGAC